AUGUCCCAGGCGACGAAGAGGAAACACGUGGUAAAGGAGGUGCUGGGUGAUUAUGAGCCGCCCUCUGAGAUACAACAGAUUGUGCGGGUGCUGGGCUCGCCAGGCAACAACCUCCACGAGGUGGAGACGGCGCAGGGGGAUCGCUUCCUCGCCAGCAUGCCCACCAAGUUCCGCAAGAACAUCUGGAUCAAGAGGGGCGACUUCCUCAUCGUGGAUCCCAUCCAGGAAGGCGAAAAGGUGAAGGCGGAAAUUAACUCGAUCCUGUACAAGGAGCACAUCAAACAGCUCAGGAAGGACGGCCUUUGGUAG